AUGGGCGAAAUAUCCACUGAAACAAUCAAUAUGAAAAAGCCUGUAAAAAACAAGAAACGAAAAGCAAUUGAGGAAGAAUCUGAAUCUGAUAAAUCUUUGUAUAACUCAUCCUCGUGUGAAGAAGUAACUGAUAUAGAAGACCAGAUGAAAAAUGAAAAAGAAGAAGAAAAUUUUAUUACAGGGUUAGUAAAUGUGAACGAUUAUGUGCUGGUAUGA